GAAAAGUGAAUUUAGAGACGAGAGAUUGUUUACCUACUUCACAGUGCGAAACCCUUAUCAGUUCUACAAGAAUGUGCGUCGGCUAACUCCCUAAACACUGCCUGGAGUGUCCAACUACCAAAUGAGAUAGAAACAUUUAACUUUGGUUUAAAAAACUGCGUGGAAAUUCUAGUCGUACGAAGCGCCAUGUUCAGAAUUCGUGUGGAAGUUGGUCUUCUGCUCUUCUUGUUGUUCAGAUUCGAAACGGUACUGUCAGGUUGUCCAAAGUUCUGUGACUGUUCAACUUCAAGRAGUGGAAAUAAGAUAAUUGCUAACUGUAAGGACCGUGGUCUUAAGGAUAUUUUGCCUCCACAGUAUCUGGCAAACAUAUCGACAUUAGAUCUGUCAGUUAACGAAAUCUCAUCACUGCCAAAUAAAGCCUUUGGAAAACAAAAAACUCUCAAAAAACUGCUUUUGUCAAGUAAUAAGAUAUCCACUAUUAAAACUGGUGCUUUCUCUGGAUUAACGAGACUCUCCAAGCUUGACCUGAGCCACAAUAAACUGGUUAUUCUUAAUGGUGAACCUUUYAAAGGUCUGAGGUCUCUGAAAACUCUAGAUCUUAGUCACAAUGAAUUGAACUACAUCAAUGUUACUGUCUUCACUGGUCUCAAGAAGCUGAGACAAUUAAUUUUGUCCUCGAACAAAUUUAUUAUUAUUCCUGAUGCAACCCUCAAGCCUCUGGAAUCCYUAAGGAGUGUGGACGUGUCAUCCAAUAAUCUGCUKUGCGACUGUCAUGUUAAAUGGCUUCUAAAGCUUAAAAAGAACAAAGURUCCGUCAAAGGAACUUGUGGAUAUCCAGAACCCCUAAAGUACAACGAGAUUGGAGACAUCUCUCCGAAGAACCUUCAAUGUGAUACUCUUCAGUUACCAUUUUAUUCAUUCAAACCAAAAAACGAUGAAGUUGGAAUAAAAGGAGACUCAUUUACCUACACUUGUGGUACGACGUGGAUUCCCGGACUUAAAAUCAACUGGUACAAAAACGAGAAGCUCCUUAUACCUAACUCACCUGAUCUACGCGGAGAGAUCGCAUUCCAGACUGACUUGAAAGCUGCUCGCAUCAUCACCAUGCUAAACUUUCAAAAGCUAGACGUUGAAGAUACUGGUGUUUAUAGGUGUGUUAUUUCAAGUGACAAGACCUCAAAAGAGGGAAAAUCAUCGCUUGUUGUCUUACCUGGAGGUUCUAAAUAUUGCCAUGCAGAAAUCACUAAGACCAAGAAAGGGACUUUUCAUUGGGAUAAUGUAGCUAUGGGAAGUAUUGCUCAGCUUCCUUGUCCCGCGGGAACAAUGCGGGUGUCCUCGAAGAAAGGAUUUGCUUACAGGAAAUGCUCGGCGGAGGGGAAAUGGAUGGAUGUAGAGGCAGAUGGCUGUGGUUUUGUUGAUAGUUUGACUCAAGAGUUGUACGAUUUAAAACAGUCGCCUUUAAACAGCACAACUGCCAUUACCAUGUGUAAAGCUCUGCUGAGAAUCACCAAGAACACGACGCGCUUCAAGUCAGACGUCGAUAUCACGUACGCUGCUGAGAUCCUUGAUCGUAUUCGACCUUACAUGAGCGGUGGGCAGCAGAUUGGUCAAACUAUGGUCCAUAUAGUCAGCAAUUUGAUGAAUAUCGAGGAUUCAAUUCUAGCUGAAGCUCAAAAGAAAUCCAAGGCUUGUUCAAGCUUAGUCCUGGUUCUUGAAGAGUUAGCCAAUACAGCUCAAGCAAGAACAAAACUUGUCGCUAGUAAUAUAGGUAUCAGCACCGUAAACCUUUAUCCAGCAGCUUACAAAGGAAAGACAUGCGCAGCAUUUCGUAACGAUAAAGGACAGCUCAAUACCAUAUCUUGUAGUUUAUUCUGGCAAAACGCUUCGACUUUUUCACCCUCUGAGCAAACCUUGGAAGCUUCAGUACACCUUCCCAAGGACAUGUUUGUUGGCCGUCUAGUUCUUCCAACUACUGAGAUAAAACUAAACUUUAUCGUCUUCAAGAACAGCAAAUUAUUUCCUCGCAUUAUAAAUGGCUCACUCGUUGACAAUCCUAAAGUUGUUACCAGUGUUGUUCAGUUACGYAUUGAUACACCGCUGAUCAACUUGACCCAGCCCAUAGCGAUCAAGUACCACAUUGAUCAGCGAGGUCUUUCAUCACCUAUCUCAGGAUACUGGAAACAAAGCCAACAAGGAGGUAUUGGUGCCUGGCUUGAGAACAAGGACUGUAUACUGAGUAAAGAAAGUAACAACACCAUAACACAUUGUGCACGGCUGGUUGACAAGACCUACUUUGCUAUCUUGAUGUCUGUCGAUAAGAGUGCCGAUGCAUCUGGACAGAGUCAACGGAAUGGCUUUAUGCUGGAGCCAAUGGUAUACGUGGGUGCGGCCRUUUGUGUACUUCUACUGCUGAUAACCUUUAUAACAUAUGCGGUAUUCAGGAAAYUGCGUUACAACCGAGAUGACGCGGCCAUGCUUAUGAACCUGUGUCUAGCGUUGUUGGUCGCUGUGGUGGUGUUCGUGGCGGGAAUAUAUCACGUGACCAAUACUUUAGUAUGCCGUGCAGUUGGAGUCUUACUGCAUUAUUUUCUCCUUUGUUCUCUGUUUUGGAUUGGUUGUGGUGGACUCUGUUUGUGUCGACUUAUUCGUACGGCCAUCACUCCUGAGGARUUUAACCCUGUUUUGCGCUAUUACAUGAUAAGCUGGGGCAUUCCUCUUAUUAUCUGUGGAAUAACUGUUGCUGGGAAUCCUGAUAACUACAGCGUUGAUAAAUAUUGUUGGCUUAAGCCCAACCCAUUCCUGGGUGCCUUUGUUGGCCCAGCUUGUCUAGUUGUCCUUAUCGACAUCAUCAUGUUUAUACGCCUCAACAAUCUCGCACUAAAAACCUAUGAUUCCCUUGCCUACGAAAAGCAUGUCCUCCAGACGGAAGCAGGGGAAGAAACUGCAGUUGCAACACAAGAUGAAACCUUACCCGACCAAAUAGCAUCAAARUGUGAACUAAUCCAACACAUGGAAGAAGCUUUACCGCCAAAGGAGGAGAUAUUCGUGUACCAGAAAGGAAGYCUCUUAGUAUUGUUAAUGAUUCUAGUUAAUUUUGCACUGGGAUUUCUGCUUGUUCGAUUUCAGCAUUCGCGGUUCUUGAACAUAGCACUAAGUUGUGCCUAUGCGGUGGCGAACAUCACACUUGGGUUAAUAAUAUUUCUGUUCCAUUGCUUUAAAAACAAGAGAGCCAAACAAUAUUGGAUCGACCUUUUAAAGAUAUGUGUUUGGAAAAAGAAGUACGUUUUAGAUCAGGAAGAAGAAUCACACCAAGAUAAAGUGACAACUACGUUAAUUAAUGGAGACACCGUGAGAGAAAACGGURUUCCAGCCCCGAUUAUUCCUCAAAUUAACGGCGCCCCUGCCACACCUGUCGGCUCUGAUAUCCAAUCGAACGUUUCUGUCCCAUCGUCUGCGGCUUUGAUAAUUGAUAUUCCUAUUAACGGCGGCAGGACUGUAGAGAAUGGUGGUCGAGCUCCAGUCAAUUACCCGGGCUCUCCACCAGGAUCAGAUAAACAUUCCGUUACUACUUCMAUGUCAGACAGGCAGUCCUGUGUAUCUGCACCGCUUCCUCUAAGUCAUGCUCCUCCAAACAUUAACCAACAUACACCGGGGUAUCGAAAUAGCUAUUGUGUACCGGAAAUGGAGAACAAGAAAAAGAAAGGAAAGAAAAAGAAAGAAAGAAUACCACUUGCGAUACCAGAGAAAAUUUUAAUAACCAGUUCAAGGGAGUCGAGUAUUAAGCUGAAAAAUGAAGAAAAUGGUUCGAGAAAACAGUCUCAAAAUUCGCUUUGCGAUCAAGUGAAGAGAAAUAUAGAGCCGGGAAUAACAGUAUCAGAGACUGCUCCGUCCGAGCAGUCAUCACGAGGGCCUGGGGGCUACUUGGAUGCUCCUUUUAACCCCUAUUCYUCAUGUGCCUCAUCGGGUGUGUCAGUACCGGCAGCUUGUGACCUCCAACCCCGACCCCCCAUACCUGGAGCACAAGACAUGUUACCRCCAUGGUCAGGAGGGAGGGGAGAGCCUAUUCCUGAUCAUUACCCGCAUYUACCGUACGGUGCUGGGCAAUUCAAUUACGUUGGAAAUAUACCCAUGCAAGAACCUUAUACUCAGAAUCCUGAGGAACGUUAUKUUACUCUUCCUCAACGACUUAAUGGGGCUGUGCGGCAAAGACCAUCCGAACAUGUCUAUGAAUCCAUCACUGAACCACCGCAAAAUGGACCGAAUAACACAGGGAACCCACCUCCCUCUCAUGAACAGAAUGGGCCAAAUAGACCUGAUAAUGAAAUUCCAUACACUGAAAAUAAUCCUUUACUACUACCCCCACGGGGUGCGCAUCUUAAUGGACCUUCUAAUCAUAAUCUUCCUCGAAAAAGGCCGCGAAGAAACUCUGAUAAAUCUAGAACUAGGAGGAGUAGGGAGGGGAAUUCACAACCUAAAAGAAGACACACGUCUUCUCUCCCGCCACAUCGGACGUCGGCGGCGUCUUUAAAAACUGAACGAGUCAAACCUGAACCAAAAGAAUGGGUAGCUGAUCCAGUCCCUCGUUUAACUUACGUCCCCGUGCCGCAUUUGGGUAACACCACUARUGAGACUCGUAACGAGACUAGUGUGUAGUUUGAUAUCCUAUCAUAGUAGGUUUUGUAUGACUGAAAGAUUUGGUAUAUGUAGGCUAUGAAGCGCUGUGUAGUGGCAAGCCKGGCCAUACUGAAACGCGAUGGCGCUACGUCCAAGAAUCCUGGUUAAAAACAGCUCGCGCUCUGAUUAGCCAUGAAGCACCGUGCCGUGGCAAGCCCGGCCAUACUGCUUCGUGAUGGCGCUGCGUCCGAGCAUCCGGAUUUAAAACAACGCGCGCUCUGAUUGGAUCACUAGAGUAACUCAUUAGACCCAACUCCGUGCUGUGCAAAUAGGAUUUCUACGGUUAUGUGACUGCUUCACGGUUUAUAGGCAACGUUUGAUAUUGUGUUGGUUUUGUAUAAGAAUAAAUAACACUGAAAGUGCACUACAAGCAUCUUCARUUAGUCUGUGUAGGAACUUCCGAAAGAUAUUUCUCAGUUUAUUUUCACUGUUCUUGACGGGUGAACCUAGUUCUAAAACAACGAAAAGUAAGUAUAUUAACUACUCGGCUACCAGUUGGCGAAACACUACAAGUAUAACUUGUGAAACAACUUAAUAAACCACCAUAUGUUUUGAA